UCACCACCAUCAUCACCAUCACAACCAUCAUCACCAACACCACCAACACCAUCAUCAUCAUCACCACCACCAUCAUCAUCAUCAUCACCAUCAUCACCACCACCACCAUCAUCACCAUUGCUUAUUAAACACUUACUUUGUGCCAGGCAGUAA